AUGUUGAAAAACCUUUGCACCCGAACUUGGCUCAUCCAUCAUCCACAAAAGCCUUUCGCAAACUCUCUUGUUUUUAUAUUUAAAAAUAAUAUAAAUCCAUCACUUUGCCAGAAAUUAGAGUACACACAACACCGAUUCUUUUUGAAAAAGUUUUUCGGCAAAGAAAACAAUUCAUCAUCAUCUCCGAAUGACAAUGAUAAACAAUCGGAAUUUUUGAAAGAACGAGAAAAAUUAGCAACGCAUUUAAAGAUAGAAAGAGAACAAAUCUAUGAUGAAAUUAAUAGAUAUUCUCCUUUGAAAGAAAUUAAAUCUGUUUUGAAGCAUAAAGGAAAGCUUUUUAUUAGCAUGUCAGGACAAUUAAUAGCUCCAGAAAAAAGUAUUUUGUUUCCUUCGCCUGAUGUCUCUCUGGGAGAUGGAAAAAGCAAAGUAGUCAUUAGAAAUUUAAAGGGUGAACAAGUUGAUCUCUUGAAGAUGAUAAGAAGUUGCAGAGCUACAUUAUUGUUUGUAAACUUUACCGAAUAUGGAUCUAACAUGACAAAAGAAUGGAGAGAAGCGUAUGAUGAAUUUCAAAAACGUUAUGAUGAACAAUCAGGAGCAUCCUCUGUUCUAAAAACACAAUGCAUUGAUUUUAGCAUUAGCGAAAACUAUGUAAUUGCAUGGCUUGAAUCAGUGGUCAUGAAUAAUCUCAAAUCAAAGAUUCCACCUGAAAUGCACGACAAGACAUUGGUAACAUUCCUAAAAAGUAAUAAUGAAACAUACAAAUUCAAGGACAUGAUACAAAUCACAAACAGCAAAACAUGCUAUGUUUUUGUCAUUGAUCAACAAUGUAGGAUUAGGUGGAAAGCUGUUGGUGUUCCAGAAGGAAAAGAGAAAGAGUUUAUGAUUUUAGCAAUUCAACAACUUGUUUCUCAAACGGAGCGAAUCAAAUAA